AUGAACCCUGAAAACCCUUGGUUGUAUAGGUGGCACAAGGUUAAGGCCUUGAAUUUUGACAAUGCGAGAUUGGCACUAGACUCGGGUAUGGAGCAUUUUCGAUGGCGCCCUUAUGUUCAAUAUGCUGAUAGGUUCAAUGUGUUUUAUCCAGAAAAUGAAACGUUGGUACCAUUAGAGACGGAUUUGGAUAAAAAACUAGUCCCUUUUGUUACAUGCUUGAAAGUUUCUGUGCUUGUUGGAGUUGAAUAUACUAUAAAGAAAUACAUGCCACAUAGAGUUGCUAUGCAAUUUGGAAUGGAUCAAGAUAUUCCAGGUUGUGUGCCUGAAUUUAAUGGGAGUAAAGAGUUUGCUUGGAGAAAUUACUGCAGGCCAAUAUCUAACGAUAAGUUGUAUUUUCCUGCUAGGCUUUUUGAGGGAGAUGUUACCACAAGUUAUGCAAAGUGGUGGAAGCAAUCAGUGCUACCGAAUCAACAUGAUUUUGCUAAGAAUAUUGUGCAGCGAAAGAGAAGUCUAAGGUCACGUCGUCUUGAAUAUGGCAAUGAUGCUGAUGUUCCUCCCGGUUUUCCUCCCAAACUUGGUGGCACUGUGUAUUCUGGAAAAUCCAAUGAUGAUGCUUCAAAUGCUAGGAAACGUAACGGUGAUGCUAAUGUGCCUUCUGAUUUUCUUUUAAAACGCUUGAAAACUGUUCCUUCUGGAAAUUCUGCUCAAGAUGGUUUCAAAGAUAAUGAAAAUAUUGAUGCUGAAGUUCCAGCAAGAUAUAAAAAUUUGUCCAACCAGAGUUCUUCAGCCUCUACUGCAGAUUACGAAAAUGCUAAAAGGAUGUCACCACAGGAAAAACUGGUUGGGAAAGAUACUGUUAACCCAUUGAUUUUGAAGGAAGAUCUUGAAGAUGCAAAUGGGAGAAAAGAAGCAAGGCUGUCUAUUGAGAGAGUGAGCCUAUCUGGGGCUCAAGGUGAAAGCUAUAAUUGUGUAUCAGGAAUGAAUGUAAUAGAUCUUGAACAGAGAAUCAAAAAACUGAAGACAGUGACUGAAAAAUUAAAGAUAGCAAAAUUUGGUUACUGUUGA